CUUCCCGACGCGCCCUGCUCUUCCUGGAUACUGAGGCCUCGCGGCGUCCGCCCGGCCCCGCGGCUGGAGAGUGAGGGUCCGAAGCGCGCGGGCUGGGGGCUUGGGGUCCCGCCCCGCUGCGGGAGGGCCAGUCUGCGAGGAGCCCUCAUCCCCGUCGGCUGGUCGACGCCCCCUUCCCCGGGUCCCUGCCGGAGCGGUCCCCUGCCCACCUCCCUCGCCCUCAUGGGGUCUCCCUCCUGGAGAACCAACUCGGUUUGUCCCUCGUUGCUCGGCUGCUGAGGACUUAGGAGUCUUUGUGCUCCACCCUGAGCUGCCCGGCGCCGUAGGCCCCCACGGGAGAGGCCCUGCCCUAUUGCCCUUAGGGAGAGGAGCCGGGUAGCCUGAGCGAGCACUCGGCUUCCCUCCGCCUGCCAGCCCCAGCUGGCUCAUGGUGAAGCCCGUCUCUGGGAGCGUGCCAUGGAGGAGUUUCGGCACUCCUACAGGCGGCUGUGCAAGGAAAGUGGGGCUGAGCCCCAGGAAACUGUCCUGCAGCAACUGCAGGAGCUGCCGCGGGGCCGGCUGGACCUGGCCACCCAGAGCCUGACUGUGGACACCUGCAGGGCCUUGGGCAAGCUGCUGCAGAAGGAGGCACUGCUGACGGAGCUCAUCCUGAGUGACUGCAUGCUGAGCGAGGAAGGGGCCACACUGCUGCUCCAGGGGCUGUGUACCAACACCGUUGUGCGGUUUCUGGAUCUAAAGGGCAACAACCUUCAGGCUGCCGGCGCUGAGGCUCUGGGACAACUGCUCCGACAGAACAAGUCCAUUCAGAGUCUCACCCUGGAGUGGAACAACCUGGGCCCGUGGGAAGAUGCGUUUGCUGCCUUCUGCGGGGCGCUGGCGAGCAAUGGUGCUCUCCAGCAGCUCGACCUCCGCAACAACCAGAUCAGCCACAAGGGCGCAGAGGAGCUGGCCUUGGCCCUGACACGCAACACCCACCUCCAGCAGCUGGACCUGCGGUGGAAUAGUGUCGGCCUCCUGGGGGGCCGGGCCCUGGUGAACUGUCUCCCCCGCAACAGAACCCUGUGGAGACUGGAGCUGGCAGGAAAUAACGUCCCAGGCGACAUCCUCAGAGCUGUGGAGCAAGCCAUGGACCACAACCAGGAGCGGCAGACCACUUCCCGAGAGAACCGGGCCCGUACCCACGUGCUCAGCAAGGAGGUACAGCACCUCCAGGAAGAGAAAUCCAGGCAGUUUCUGGACUUGAUGGAGACGAUUGAUAAGCAGCGAAAAGAGAUGGCCAGGAGCAGCAGGGCAUCGGCAGCAUGCGUGGGGCAGCUUCAGGAAGCCCUGAAUGAGAGACACUCCAUCAUCAAUGCCCUUAAGGCCAAGCUGCAGAUGGCCGAGGCCGCGCUGGCCCUGUCAGAGCAAAAGGCCCAGGGCCUGGGGGAGCUCUUGGCUACGGCAGAGCAGGAGCAGCGAAGCUUGGCGCAGAGGCAGGCAAAGGAGCACCGGCUAGAGCAGCAGGAGGCUGCAGAGCGGGAGUCUAAGCUCCUCCGAGACCUAUCUGCUGCCAACGAGAAGCACCUGCUUCUGCGAAACCAGGUGGACGAGCUGGAGCGGAAGGUGAGAGCUCAGCAGGAGCAGCUGUUCCUGGCCAGGCAGGAGCUGACCAACACGGCGGCUGAGCUGAAGAUACGGGCCGUCCAGGCCGAGGAGCGUCUAGAACUGGAGAAGAAAAGGUCCCGACAGAGCUUGGAGGACGUGGAGCAGCUGCGAGCCAAGGAGGUGGAACACGUGACUCGUCACCUGGAAGAGAGUGAGAGGGCCAUGCAGGAGAGGGUACAGAGGCUGGAGGCCUCACGGCUAUCCCUGGAGGAGGAGCUGAGCCGAGUGAAGGCGGCAGCUCUCAGUGAGCGUGGCCAGGCCGAAGAGGAGCUCAUUAAGGCCAAGAACCAAGUCCGUCUGGAGGAGCAGCAGCGCCUGGCUCACCUGGAGGAGAAGCUGCGGCUGCUGGCGCAGGCUCGGGACGAGGCUCAGAGCGCCUGCCUGCAGCAGAGGCAGACGGUGGCUGACGCCCAGGCCCGCGCCAGCCAGCUGAGCCUGCAGGUGGAAGGCCUGAGGCGGCGUCUGGAGGAACUGCAGCAGGAACUGAGCAACAAGGACCAAGAAAAGGUGGCUGAGGUGACCAGGGUGCGGGUGGAGCUGCGGGAGCAGAACGGUCGCCUGCAGGCAGAACUGACCGCGCAGGAGGCGCUGAGAGAGAAGGUGGCAGCCCUGGAACGCCAGCUCAAAGUGAUGGCAGGUGACCACCGGGAGGCGCUGCUGGACAGGGAGAGUGAGAACGCCUCUCUCCGGGAGAAGCUCCGGCUCAAGGAGGCCGAGAUCGCCCGGAUCCGGGAAGAGGAGGCCCAGAGGGCCAGCUUCCUGCAAAACGCUGUCCUUGCUUAUGUGCAGGGGUCUCCUCUGAGGGCUCUGAGCCCCCAGAAGUGAAGGGAGGCAUGAGUCUGCAGGAGGGGCAGGAGGCCAGCAUCUCCCAGAUAUCCGUGUCCCGUUCCCGCCGGACCCUGCCUCUCAGGACGCAGCCCGGUGGGCAGCGGGCAGGGUCUGCAGCUGGGGACUCGGACAGUCGGUGCCCAGCCGGAUCAGUGAGGGGGACCGCCGCGCUCACCCCCCGGGACCCGGCUAGGCGAUCCCAGGGCUGCUGGCCUCCACGUCUGGAGUGGGCACCCCGGGCCCUUCCCAGUCCUUCCCCCCAGUCCCAGGGCACGUACCUAACAUGCAUCUGAGGAAAAGCCCCCACGCGGGAGGAAGUCCAGAAGACCCGUCCUCCGCGCCCCCCCCCCCCCCCCC